CUUGCUCUCGCCUUCCCGCCGCCGCAGCAGCAGGAGCAGCAGGAGCAGCAGCACCUGCCCGUCUGUGCGUGCGUCCGUCGGUGGGGUGCUCGCUCUGUGUGUGUGUGUGUGUGCCUGGCGCUCUGGUUCGCUCCUUCUCUUGCAGGAUGGCCGGGCUGCGGGGCUGGGGCUGGCUGCUGCUGGCGGCUCUGCUGCGGGCGCCGUCGGGUCUGGCGCUGCCCGAGGUGCUGUUCCGCUGCCCGCCUUGCAGCGCCGAGCGCCUGGCCGCUUGCCCCAAGGCGCCCGCCGCCCCGACGGCGCUCUGCCCUGAGCUGGUCCGCGAGCCCGGCUGCGGCUGCUGCGCCCUCUGCGCCCGCCUCGAAGGAGAGCCCUGCGGCGUCUACACGCCUCGCUGCGCCGCCGGGCUCCGCUGCUACCCGCGGCCCGGCGCCGAGCUGCCCCUCCAGGCCCUCGUCCAGGGACAGGGCACCUGCGCGCGGGUGGGCGGAGGGACAACCCCACCGGCAGCCGGGGGACCCGCCACCGCCGCCGGAACAGCAGCAGCAGCAGGAGGAGGAGGAGGAGGAGGGGACCCCGCCACCGCCGCCGCCGCUGCAUACGACGGAACAGAAACCGAGGAACACCCUGAAGGAUCUAUUGCAGAGAAUGUUGUGGAUGGUGUGACCAGUGUGGUGAGUGGAUGGAUAAAGCCCCCUAAAAAUGGCAAGGAAAUUGCUGUAAUUCGUGACAGGGUAAAUGAACAACAAAAGCAGAUGGGCAAGACUACUAAGCAUCACCAUCUCAUGGAGCUACGCCCACCGACUUUCAGGACCCCUUGCCAGCAGGAAUUGGACCAGGUCUUGGAACGUAUCUCAACCAUGCGCCUACCAGAUGAGCGUGGUCCAUUAGAGCACCUCUACUCCCUGAAUAUCCCAAACUGCGACAAGCAAGGUUUUUAUAACAUCAAACAGUGCAAAAUGUCAGUGAAUGGCCAACGAGGGGAAUGCUGGUGUGUUAAUCCAAAUACUGGAAAAACCAUCCAAGGAGCACCUAUCAUCCGUGGAGAUCCUGAAUGCCAUCUUUUCUACACUGGCCAUGAACAAGAGGAUCGAGGAGCACAUGGCUUGCAUGUGCAAUAGAUGGACACCUUUUCACUCACUGGCAGGCAGCAUGGCCUAGUUUCAGUGCUGGUUUUUACAUGGGUUUCAAUGCAUCUUGAUUUAUUUUAUUAUUAUUUUUCCUUUUCUUUCCAGUGGUUCCCAGUUCUUUGCGGGUCCACAAAGCUUCUCUCUUGCUUGUCUUUUUUGUGGAAGAACUGCAAAUAGGCUGAGGAUGGAGGGAGUGGUUUCUCAACUUUUUUUCUGAGAGCCAUUGCCUCUCUUGGGUUGGAUACAGCCUUGAUAGUAGCAGGGCUGGUGGUGUCUUGUGAGAGGGGACUACUCACCUUUUUCACCCAGGUCUCUCCAAAGAACCAAGGUGCUCAAGCUUCCAUCAGGCUGGAUGAGAGAAUAUUACCCCAACUCCCACCCCACAUACACCAAAGACCAAAGAUUGUAAAUACUGCAUAUAUUGCCUGCUACUCAGAACAACCUGACCAACCUCUUCCUGCUGGUCCCAUUUCGUCAUUAGGUGACUUGUAGCAUCCCUGAGGGGUUGGGAGAAACACUGCUCAGAACCUCUUCAAUAGGAAUGCUACUUUGCUUCUUGAAAGUCAUGAAGGGGGUUUGUAGAGGGAGCUAGACCUUGUCACCUUCUUCUUCCAUAAGGCAUUGCACUUAAGGUCCAUGGAGGUACAGCUCCCCACCCCAUCAGUAAGUCCUUACAACCCUAGAGAGAACUUAAUCCAUUACAAAUGGAAUAACUCAAGCCAUGUUGUAGAGCCUUACAUUUACCCUUUAAUAGGCCAGGUCCUGAACUGUACUGGUAAUAAGCAAAAAAAAUUAAUGCUACUCUUUUCUAUAUUGAAAAGUUUCUUUUAAAAUCAAGUGGGAGAAGAGUCAGAUUUCAGAAGAAUGACCCCAAUUUGCAUUUAACGCUCCCCAAAGAAGCAAAAACCCAUAUAAAACCCAUGUGUAAAGCUGCAGCCAAUGUCUUGCCCUCCUGGUGCAGAUGACCCAGGUGAGCAAUGCCUAUGUUUUUUGAAAGUCAUAUAUAGUGCUUUGUAAAGCCCCUGAAGUGAAUCCAGACAUAUAAUACACACACACACACACACACACACACACACACACUCGCAUAUACAAACACACAUGUAGGUUCAUAAAUAAUAUGUGUGGACCAGAGAAGCAACAGUGACCUUUAUCUCGUUCACAAGAGAGGAUCAGGUUUCUCUGAUGCUGUUUCACACACACUCUUGAUUUUGUUUCUGUGUGGAUCGUGCAGGUAUUGAAAAUUGACUUAGGAGCUACAUUGACUAUGAGGUUUUCUUGUAUUAUAUAUACCAAUUUAUAUUUACAGGACAAUUGCUAGGUUCAUUUACUUGGCUUAAUAGUUGGAGGUUGGGUGGUGGGUUUUCAAAAUAUAUAUAUUGUAAGAGGGGGAAAAGCAACCCAACAUUUCCUCCUUUUCAGUAGAACUUGUCAGUGUUCAGCAGGUAGAGAAUUUGUGGGUUUUCUUCUUCUUCUGGGAGCCCUUGGUAUCACUAGUUGCUGGAGGAGGUUUUUUUCUUGUCAGCUACCAUCUUCUAAGAUAAACCCCUUCUGUGGCUAGGGAUAUCAUCCAUGGUUAUCUUUCUUCCCUUUGUGAAAAUGAUAUGGUUAAUUAAUUGCCUCGAGCUUUUGCCAGACCAUAUCCAAAAUAUGUGUUGACUUGUUCCAAGAGGAAUAGCUUAAUUUUUGCUCUGAUAUAUUUUAUUUUGAGGAGGCACAAAGCAGAGAUAAGCUGUUUAAAAGGGAGUAAAAGUUAGAGCAAAAUAUAAGUGUUAAUAAAUUGGCCAGUGCAAAUUACCACUGUUGGGUUAUACCCCAAAAGAAAAGCUGGAAACAUUGUAGGAAGACAGAUCCAUUCUCUAUGAAGGGUAGAAAAGAGCAAAGGAGAUAAAGGGAUGGCCAACAAUCCCAAAAUCCUCAUGAAGAGCAUUCUCCCCUUUUUGGAUAAGAGAUGGUCAUCUAACCUGCUGCGAUAAUUUCUGAAUGUAAUGAGGGUUCUCUCACUGCCCAGUUGGUGAUGCAACUCCCUAACUGCCUUUGCCAUGCAUGGCAAUAUUUUACCCCAAUUGUUUUGGCAUAUCCCAAAUCCAUUCCCUAUUUUCUCUAACAGAAACUUGCCUUAAUGUUGGAAACCCAUCCCCCAUCCUCAACCCAGCAAAACAGGUGGGUGAGUGUGGGAUAUACUCAAUGUUACUUACUGUCUGUUUCCAAUCUAUUCAGCAUCCAAGGAGAACACUAGUAUUAGUGCCUUGAUGGGACAUGUCCUCUGACCUGCAAAGUUGCAGCUUUAGCUGUAGACUCUUUUGCAAGUUUUAGGACCAUUAAAUCAAUGCUGCUGGGGUGUUUUCUUUCCCCUUUUGGAGGCAUUCAAAAUUUAUAGUCCCAACAUCUUGUCAUUGAUUUUUUAAUAAAUUGGUGCUAUCUCUUUUCUGUUGAUAUCCAUCAAAGAUUAAUUGGACUGCUUUCCAUACAGAUACUGCAAGCAUCAGCUCACAAUUUGUAGUCCUGUUUAGAAGUCACAACUAUUUUUGUUCUCUAUUCUGUUUUUGAUUGCUGAACUAUGAGAAAGCUCAAAUAAAUUAAAUGGGAUGCCAAACAAAA